UGAUCACCCUCUCUCUCUCCCAUCCCACUUGCACCCACACGCAAAAGUUAUUGCUCUCUUAUAAUCAAUCGGUGUCAAAUUUUCACUCUCCCAUCUCCAUUUUCGAAAUUUUCGCUCUCGCUCUUCCCAAAAUUCUCUCCGCCUGUGAUAGAAUAACCCAGAUUAUUCGGGAAAGCGGAGGCCCUUUUGAGCUCAGUGCGUAAAGAUACCCGAAAAAGCUGAGCUUUUUCCGUUUAAAUUAUUCCGACCAAAGGUGGGAUUUUUUUUAAUUAAUUAAUUUAAUGGCGGGAAAUCUGGAGAAAUGGAAGGCGUUUGGACCCUUUUUCACGGUUGUGUGGAGCUUUUUGAUGGCUGCGUUAUUUGUUUCUGCUGAGAGAAACUUAAAGCAAGAUACCUCCUCUCGAAAUGCGGCCGCGGAUUCGCCUCGUGAUUUGGAUUUUUUGUCGGCCGUUGCGAAUUUCUUGUGGCAGGAGGAUCAAUCUGGAUACCAGCACGUUUGGCCGGAUCUGGCAUUCAACUGGCAGAUCGUUGUUGGCACCGUGAUUGGAUUCCUUGGUGCGGCCUUUGGGAGCGUGGGUGGUGUUGGUGGUGGUGGCAUAUUCGUUCCCAUGCUCUCUCUAAUUAUUGGGUUUGAUGCGAAAUCAGCAACUGCUAUCUCAAAAUGUAUGAUCAUGGGGGCUGCUGCCUCGACUGUUUACUACAAUCUUAAGCUCAGACAUCCAACCAUCGACAUGCCAAUUAUUGAUUAUGAUUUGGCCGUUCUAAUCCAGCCGAUGCUCAUGCUUGGCAUUAGUAUUGGAGUUGCUUUCAAUGUCGUAUUUGCUGAUUGGAUGGUUACUGUGCUUCUAAUUAUUCUUUUUAUAGGUACAUCUACUAAGGCCUUCUUAAAGGGGAUCGAAACAUGGAAUAAAGAAACUAUCAUGAAAAAGGAGGCUGCAAAGCGAUCUGAGACAAAUGGCAAUGGUCAAGAAGCAGAUUACAAGCUUCUUCCAGCGGGACCCAGUGCCGAGGCCAAACCCUUCGAAGAACCAACUGUUGGAAUUAUUGACAAUGUAUGUUGGAAAGAAUGCGGGCUUCUUUUCUUCGUGUGGUUUGCGUUUCUUGCCCUGCAGCUUAUCAAGUCGAAUACAACAACAUGCUCUGCAAUAUAUUGGGUGGUUAACUUCAUGCAGAUUCCUGUAGCUUUAGGUGUAUCGGGUUAUGAAGGGUUUUGCCUGUACAAGGGCUACCGGAAACUUGGUUCCAAGGGAGAUGACGGUACUAACUUCAAAAUUCACCAGCUCAUCACCUAUGGCCUUUUUGGCAUCCUUGCUGGACUAGUCGGGGGCCUUCUAGGUCUUGGAGGCGGAUUCAUCAUGGGCCCGUUGUUUCUUGAACUCGGCAUUCCUCCUCAGGUUUCAAGUGCCACGGCGACCUUCGCCAUGAUGUUCUCCUCGUCUAUGUCCGUUGUUGAAUACUACCUUCUAAAGCGAUUCCCUGUUCCUUACGCUCUCUACUUCAUCGCCAUUGCAACCGUGGCCGCCUUGAUCGGGCAGCACGUCGUGAGAAGGCUGAUCGUCGUGCUAGGGAGGGCCUCCAUCAUCAUCUUCAUUCUUGCUUCCACGAUCUUCGUCAGUGCGAUAUCGCUAGGCGGGGUAGGCAUCUCGAACAUGAUCGGGAAGAUCCAACGGAACGAGUACAUGGGCUUCGAGGACCUCUGCAAGUACGACGCGUGAAGUGUGUCGGGCCUUUCUUGUCUGUGGGUUUGUGGCGAUGAUCGUCGUCGAUCGUCCUCGGUUUCCGGCCAAGAAGAAAGAGGUGGGGCUCUCUUCUCAUCCUAGGGCAAAGAUUCUUUUGUUGUAUCCAUUUAGAUUUGAAUUGCAAUGUGCAAGAGUGAAAUCUAGUCCUCAAACUGGAUGUGUUUGUGGUCCAGAUAAAAUUUUAGGGCACAAUUGUUGCAAAUUAUUUAGUUUUGUUUGUCUUGUUUUCUGCUGUGAUCAUAUAUAGUUUACUUACUGCCAAAAGAAUCCAAUGGAGAUGUGUUUCAUAUA